ACUUGAUAUCUGUUUACUUUAGAGGAGGCAGUUUGUGCGAAAGGAUCAUAAAUAUCCUGGCCUCCUGCCCCAGCAGCCAUGACAAGCAAAAGAACACACUCAUUUAGAGAUAGCCCUUAUGAUAUUUAAAUGGGUGGGUUAAUUUUUUAUCCACUUUAAUAACUAGAUUAUUCCCCCACAGACACACUUCCUUGCUUUCUAUUUCUGCUCUAAAGCCGUGGGCACAGAAAUCUCUGCCGGCAAAUUGCUUCAGAGCGCAUUCAUCGCAGGACAAUCCUAUAAGGAACAGUUAAGUUCACGGCAUCUGGAUUCCGGGUCCUUUUCCGACAUGGCAGGUGUGAGUGGCUGUAUAAAGUAUUCUAUGUUUAUCUUCAACUUCUUGUUCUGGUUAUGUGGUAUCUUGAUCCUGGCAGUAGCAAUUUGGAUACGAGUAAGCAAAGAUGAUCAACAGAUUUUCACCAAUGGGGACUCUGGUGCUAACCCCUAUGUUGCUGUGAAUAUCUUGAUUGCUGUGGGUGCUACCAUCAUGAUUCUGGGUUUCCUGGGGUGCUGUGGUGCCGUGAAAGAGAGCCGCUGCAUGCUUCUUUUGUUUUUCAUAGGCUUGCUUUUGAUCCUGAUCGUGCAGGUUGUGGCAGGCAUCCUAGGAGCGUCUUUCAAAUCCGAGUUUGAACAGAUUCUGAAUGGCACUCUCCAUGAAAACGUAAAGCUUUUGAGCUCAACCGAUGAAAAUGCAAAAGCAUUCCAGGAGGCCCUGUCUGAAUUUCAAGAAGAGUUUAAAUGCUGUGGUUUGGUCGAUGGAGCUGCUGACUGGGGUGGUAAUUUUCAACAGUAUUCCAAGUCAUGUGAAUGUUCAGAUGUGCCAGUUUCUUCUUGCACAGUUUAUGGAGACAAGACUGUUUACAAACAGCCAUGCAUUUCUCUGAUAAAAGACUUAGCUAAAAAACACAUUGUCAUAAUAAUUGGAAUAGCAUUUGGACUGGCAGUUAUCGAGAUCCUUGGUCUGGUAUUUUCUAUGGUCCUAUACUGCCAGAUUGGGAACAAAUGAAUCUGUGGAUGUGUCGAGCUCUCAUCAGUCAAACUCCUUUAAAAUUUUGCUGUGGCCUUGUAACUUUAAAUAUAUGAGUGCUGUAUAUGUUAGAAACAGCUGUCCUAUUAAAAUUUCUCAUUUAGCUAGACCGCGGAUAUAUUCUAGACAUAUUGAACAUAUUUAGGAUUUCAGUAAUACUAGGAAAAUGAGAUGACUGUUCAUUUUUACUCAAAAUAAAAGUAACGUUCUUUACAUUGGCACUUUUUUGUGUGGGUCUGAUCGCGUUGUGUUCAGGUGGUACUAUGAUUAAAAUAUUCACCUGGAGCCAUGCAGUGGAAUAAUCUUUAUCUCAGAGUGACAGGGCCAUGGUAAGUUAAGGCAGUGCAUCUAGGCUUUUCAGAAGCAACACUCUUUUUUGUGUAGUGUGUUGACCAUUCGUGAUAAGAUUGAACUAAGUCUCCAGUUGAAAGGUUGAGAAAGUGGCCCAGUUAACAGAGUCGCCAUCUCUUUUUUUUAAUUUAUGCCUGUGUCUACUAAUGGUGUAUCUCUUUUCUCUCCAUCUAUUUAUGGGGACCAGAAGAUUGAGUGCUGUCUUCCUCACCAUUGAAUUUCUGGUUCCUCUCUAGACCUUCCUCUGGGACAUAGUUGUAACUGCUUUUAUCUUUCUACUUCUCACAGAUAUUUUCACAUUUUAUUUUUUACUGAGGUAUAAUACACAGUACAGUGAACAAAUCUUCAGUAUACACCUAUGUAAGCACUAUCCCAAUCAAGAUACAUGAUAUUUCCGGCACACCAGAAUGCCCCUACAUGCCACCUCCCAGGGGUGUGCUAGAGCUGGCUCAUUCCGAUUUGCCAGAUCAGACUGUAUGCAUACACACCUCUUCCCAACUCUGCUCAGUGGCAUCACAUUGGUAGCUUGAAAUCCACCAUGGGAGAAGUAUUUACACCAUGGAAAUUGGCAUAUGAUAUAAAAUCAGGGAUUUUGUUUUUUUGAGAGCUGGUUGUAAACAUUUCCCAGUAUGCCACCAACCUUCUCAGCAAAUUCCUUCCCAAAGGUAAUCACUCCUCUGAAUUCCAUGACGGCAGAUUCAUUUUGCCUAUUCUUGAACUUUCUGUAAAUGGAACAAUAAAAUAUGCACUCUGGCUUCUUUUUUCCUCAACAUUUUGUUUGUGAGAUUCAUCUAUAUUGCUGCAUGCAACUGUAGUCUAUUCUCAUUGCUAUGUAGUAUUCCACUGUAUAUGAAUAAAUCUCACAAUGUAUUCAUCCAUCCUCCUGUUGAUGGACAGUGGGUUUCCUUCCAAUUUGGUAUUAUUAUGAAUAAAGCUGCUAUAAACGUUC